AUGUGGCUUCUACAUCUCCCACUAUUCUUCGCCAGCGUGGCCGGGUCACUCUCGGUCAAGUUCCCCAAGUCCUCGAAGGCGAACGACCCCCUCACGCCAGCCGACGUCUUGCAGGAGUUCCAGUCUCGACUUCCGUCCGGCCCGGAAGACCUACGGCGGUUAUUCUUCCGGGAUGCCUACCCCUUUUGGCAACCGGAGCCACCGGUGCUCAAGUCAGGGGAUCCCCUCAUCUUGACUUCACUCCUGGAGAACGGCGAAAUCGAGGAGGCUCGCAGGUUGAGCCGCGUCAAGCUUCCCAACUACGAGGAGGAAAUUGAGAGCUACUCAGGGUUCUUCAACAUCGACAAGGCGCACAACUCCAACUUGUUCUACUGGUUCUUUCCGUCUCAGCAG